GUACAGACUCUACAGUAGACGUGCAUGUGCUUGUGUGCUAGUAGCAUGUUCAUAUUCUCUGGCUUCAUCAAGGCGUGGGUGGGUUCAGAAUUCAAGAGAAGUAAAUGAGAAACGAAACAAGAAGAGCAGUCGAAUAGAGAAAAAUGACAAUGUGUAGGGCAAUGUGAUAAACAUAUCAGUCGUUUCCGCCAUCCUCGACAAACUACGUAAAAGGUGUGGUGAAAGAAACGUGUCAUUGGAAACCUUAAAAGUGAAAAGAGUGGGAGAGAUCUAUCUGUCUGUCCGCAAAAAAUGUCUUCCUUGAAAGGAGGCUUAGGUCGGGUGGCCAGUUUCCGAAAUCGAACGGGAUCCGAUGUGUCCAUUUCGGGCACCAGUCAAAGUCGCCGUUAUCAAAACUGGGACUCUGGGAUGGGAAGACAUGAAGACAGAGCCUACCAAAUCGUGAGUGCCCUGGGAGGUAAAAAACUCUCCUCCCAAGACCUACUUCAGGAGGUGCAAACCCUGAUCAACGACAUGGAUGACACUUUCUUAGCCUGCAUGAGCCUCAGUGAGAUGGGAUCAUCCCUAGACUUUGGCCAGGCGAUCCCGGGAAGAUCCCUUUCUGCGUGCGUCCCAACAAGAACAACCUCGAGCCACUUCUCUCGAGCAAACAGGACCAGUGAACUAAAAAGAGUCGGCGACGAACAAGAAAAUGAGGAAGAACAAAGUCAUGAGAAAAAACAUCAAGAGGAUGCCAAUGUUUAUUCCAAUUGGACGUGCGACUAUUCGGCGGGUUUCCACUUCCCGAAAGGAUCCUGUGACGGACUUAAUGACUUCUUUCAUCAAUUGGCCACAGAAGAGAGAAAGCGCGGAGACAUCUUCUUCAAAUGGUUGUAUGAGAACCGCAAUUCAUUGACCUUUGACCGCGGGAUUUUUCGGGAAAUUUCCCAAAGCUCGCUCAAAGACGAGGAUGUGGAUCUUAGUGAAGCAGGCGCCUCCUCAGAUGAGGAGGAUUUUGCCCCAGAACAAGGGCAUGUCAACCAAAAGUUCUAUUUCUCACAUCAAUCGUCUCAAUUGAAAGCUGACCCUAUGCUGUCUCUUCAAUGGUUGAUGCGUCGCCGAGCCGACCACAUGGCCAAGAUUCUCCACUUGAAGGACAUUGCAGAGAAAACGAGGGACUCCAAUUUCCUGCACUUUUUGCGGCUUCAUCAAGACAAAUUAUUCGGGUGCAACGAGGAGAGCAGUAAACGAAUCCGAGAAAUCAUUCUCAAUUUGGAGCUCCUGAGGAAACAGAAUCAAGCCAAAGAAGUGUGCCAAACCAACAAAUCAUCAUGAUCAUGACAUUCCGUUUUUACCCGGUUACUUGAUUGUCUAAAAUAUACGUACUUCUCUUUCA